AUGCAUCUCCACUCCAUUCAACACUCAGACUCUCUUUCCCGCGAGAACCGUAACGAAGAUGGUCCAGACAAGAAUGAUGAACUGCAAGACCUCGCUUCUGAUGUUUUGGCUAAAGAUGUAAAUACAUGCGUCGUAACUAAGGCCACCUCAGUUUCUAAAGAUGAUGAUAGAUUAGUUCCUAAUAAUACUUUGACUGAGACUCCUAAUGGUAAUGAUGAUAGUAACUACUGUGAGACACGAGGAGGAGUACACUUUGAUGCCGUUUCUAACAAUAUCAGCGUCUUGAAACCUAAAGAGGUUACUACUAAAUCUGUUGUUAGUCCAUCGGAAAAGUCAGAUCCUAUGCGGAGGUGGAUGGAAAUGAAGGAGAAUGGUUUUCUUUCUGGCCCUUUGGGUGGACCUGUUGCGUCAAGGAAGCGAAAAAAUAAGAAGAGAGGCGAUUCUUCCAAGAAGAGAAACGUGGUCCCUAAGAAAGACCAAAAGGUGGUGGUGGUCUCGAAUGUUACUACACCGCCAAGUGGGUUGCUAGCGGAAUUGAAACCAGGGAUCCUUAAAAAUGUCAGGAGUAAGGAACAGGUUUACUCAUUUCUUGAAGCUUUGAUUCGAAAUGCUGAUUUGAAUGUAAGAGAUAAGGUAUUAGCCUCUAAGUUGCCAUCUACCACGGUAUCUGAUGAUCAUGCCAUUUCUUUUAUAAACCCGGAACAAGCUGUUGAAGCUGCUACUGUAGCGUCACAGUGGUUGGAGUUUCUUCACCAAGACUUCAGCGAAAGGAUUUCAGCUUUGCAGGAUAGUAGGAAUAGAGUUGAUGAUACUUUGAAGGCAGAGUUGCCACUUCUCGUCUCAUCAUCAAAAGAAUCUUCUUCUGCCAACCAAGAAUGUACAGUAACAGAGGCGCAUCGGUUGAACUGGUCUGCAAGAUUUAAUCAGUUUAAGAAACAUCUCCAUGAUGAAGAGCAAGAUCUUGAACAUUGUUUAAACCAAGUGAAGGAUAUGCAGUCACAAUGCAACGAAGGUCUACGACAAAUGAAUGAGUCAAGUUGUGGGAAAGAUGGCACCAAUCAGAAGACUAAUUUGGCGGUUCAGGCAGCUGCAGCUUCCAUUUUCUCAACGUGCCGUUUUAUUCUGUCAAAGAUGAAGCCACCACCACCUAACAGUUCCUAG